UGCCGGGAAAAUUAGCUGACUUUCCUACUAAAUUUGUAGAUUUUCCUUCAUCUUGAUCCCCAUUCAAGAACACCCUCGAUCUGGUUUUCUUCGUCUCCUACUCCAGAAAUCACGAAUCCUAUGUAAAAUAUUUAUUGUUAGAAAAGCAAAAUUCUCAGUGAUCCGAUGAACAUGGCCUGGUUCAGAAGGCUCAUUCAUGUCAAUUCCUCCAUUGGCUAUUCAAUUAAGCAAAGAAACUUGAACCCAUCUUCUCCUUUCCUCCUCACAUCUUUGUCCCAUUUCAGCACUCAAUCGACACUUCAGAAUCCAUCCUCAAAUGAUUAUCAGCACUCCGGUCUUGGGCCGACGAAGCCCGGUGAGAAGCCGCGGGUUCUGGUGUUAGGUACAGGGUGGGCUGGUUGUAGGCUCAUGAAAGAUAUAGACACCCGUAUCUACGAUGUUGUUUGCGUGUCGCCUCGGAAUCAUAUGGUUUUCACUCCUUUGCUGGCUUCCACCUGUGUUGGUACGCUUGAAUUUCGAUCAGUAGCUGAACCCAUCGGAAGGAUUCAACCGGCCAUCUCUCGGGAGCCUGGUUCUUUCUUCUUUCUUGCAAAUUGCAAGGGACUUGAUACUGAUAACCAUGUGGUGCACUGCGAGACUGUAAUGGAAGAGAACACCCUGAAGCCAUGGAACUUUAAGAUCUCAUAUGAUAAGUUAGUUAUUGCAUCAGGAGCAGAGGCAUCAACUUUUGGAAUCCAUGGUGUGAAGGAAAAUGCUAUUUUUCUUCGUGAAGUUCAUCAUGCUCAGGAGAUCCGUAGGAAGCUACUCCUGAACCUGAUGUUGUCCGAUGUGCCUGGAAUCUCAGAGGAAGAAAGAAGUAGAUUGUUACACUGUGUUGUCAUAGGAGGUGGUCCAACUGGGGUUGAGUUCAGUGGAGAACUUAGUGAUUUCAUCAUCAAAGAUGUUCAUCAAAGAUACACCCAUGUGAAAGAUUACAUCCAUGUGACCCUGAUUGAGGCCAAUGAGAUAUUAUCUUCCUUUGACGAUCGCCUCAGGCAAUAUGCUUCUAAGCAGUUGACUAAGUCAGGUGUACGUCUUGUCCGUGGAAUUGUAAAAGAUGUUCAGCCACAGAAGGUUAUUCUUAACGAUGGAACAGAGGUUCCGUAUGGGUUGUUGGUGUGGUCUACAGGUGUCGGUCCCUCUCCUUUGAUAAGAUCUCUACAACUUCCAAAAUCUCCAGGUGGAAGGAUCGGUGUUGAUGAAUGGUUGCGUGUUCCUUCCGUGCAGGAUGUGUUUGCAAUCGGAGAUUGUUGCGGAUUUCUUGAAAGCACUGGCAAACCAGUACUUCCAGCUUUAGCUCAGGUUGCAGAGCGGCAGGGAAAAUAUCUAGGGAGCCUAUUGAACAGGAUUGGUAAAGCUGGUGGAGGGCAUGCAAACACUGGAAUGGACAUGGAACUGGGUGCCCCAUUUGUUUAUAAACAUUUGGGAAGCAUGGCAACUGUUGGAAGGUAUAAGGCUCUUGUGGACCUCAGACAAAGCAAGGAGGCAAAAGGAUUGUCUCUGACAGGAUUUGUUAGUUGGUUUAUUUGGCGGUCAGCAUAUUUAACAAGAGUAGUAAGCUGGAGAAACAGAUUCUAUGUUGCAGUCAAUUGGGCUACCACAUUUGUGUUUGGUCGUGAUAUAAACCGUAUCUGAAAACAAAAUUAGAGACAGGAUUGUUUGUUGGCUCAUUUUUGCGGGUGGUAGGAGUCAUGCACUUGAAUAGCUGGAGGAAUAGAAUCAAUAUGGCUAUUAAUAAGGGACUCUCUCUCUCUCUCACACACACCGCACUUUCAGAUAUGUAUACGUCUGUCAUAGAAUUCCUCCAAAACUUGAAAAUUGUACAUGACAUAAGAUAUUGUCUGUGUUACUAUUUCUUCAUUUAUCUCUGUUCUAUUUAUCAUAUUGCAAUAUUGACAGCAAAAUUGUUGGAUUUUUGGUUUCACAAUGCAAUUCUUUAAUGACUUUAUAUAUUACAUGCGAUCUUUGUCAACUCUUCU